ACAGACCCUGUGAGGCGCGGCGCGGCGGAUCCCGGUCCCGCAAAGAUGGUGCGGAAACUGAAGUACCACGAGCAGAAGCUGCUGCGGCGGCUGGACCUGGUGAACUGGGAGGUGUCGGGCGGGAACUUGGCGGAGGUGCGGGCGCUGCGGCGGUACCGGGUGGGCCGGCGGGAGGAUUACGUGCAGUACAAGGCGCUGGCCCGCGCCGUGCGCGCCCUGGCGCGGCGCCUCCGCGACCUGGGCCCGGCCAGCGCCGCCUUCCGCGCCCGCUGCGCCGCCGCGCUGCUGGAGAAGCUCUACGGGCUGGGGCUGGUGAACAGCCGGCAGUCGCUGGCCGUGUGCGAGAGCCUCUCGGCCUCCGCCUUCUGCCGCCGGCGCCUGCCGUGCCUGCUGGUGAAGCUGCGCAUGGCGCAGAACCUGCGGCACGCCGUCACCUUCGUGGAGCAGGGGCACGUCCGCGUGGGGCCCGAGGUGGUGACAGACCCCGCGCUCCUCGUGCCCCGCGCCGUCGAGGACUUCAUCACCUGGGUGGACGCGUCGCGCCUGCGGCAGAAGGUGCUCGACUACAACCAGGAGCGUGACGACUUCGACCUGGCCGCCUAAGCCUGCCAUGCCUCACAGGACACGCUCACCGAUAACACCACCACGGGAUAUUCACACACCUGCAAAGGGAGCCAGAAGGAAACUGUGCGCUUCCAGUGUCGUGCUGACCUGCUCCUGGCUCCCUUUCACAGCUGAUGGUUCCAUUCAUCCAUUCAGAGGAACAACCUUUACACAUCCACUGCUUCAAGAAUACAUCCAGUGGCCCAGCUCCAUCAUCAUCUCUGGCAGCUGUCCUGGUUUAGGGCAGAUUUUUCUUCUCCCCCGCUUCACGCUCAGAUCUAAAGGUGCAGAACUUAUUUCUGGGCUCUGAGACAGAUGGGGAUACCAGCAUCACCCCAGGACACAUCUCAGCUCCAUCAUCGUGCCCAGCUCCCUCUUCCUUAAAUGUGCAUCUCCAUCAUCCUUACAUCCCAUAAAGCAGAAGUGCUUGGAAAGGGAAAAAUCCUCUCCAGUUGCAGGAGAGGAUUUUAGUUAGGCUUAAGUGCUUGGCAGCUUAACAGCAGCUGCUGGAAGGGGUUUUAAGUCAAGCCGAUCAACUGUUUAAAGACUGAGUUUAGCUGCUUCACUGCCCUUUUUCCAAGAGGUUGUUCUGGUUCCUCCUUUGGCUGUUGAAUGCACAGGAAUCAGUUACUUCUGGAAGUGUUUUCUUUUGAUAUCAAGGAAUAAGGAGGGGAUUUCUGCAGGCCAGCAGUAAACAAGAAGACUAAAUACCAUGUUUCUGGAACUGUUAAAAGUUUUAGCCAAAAACGGAAUUAAAAACAAAACAAAAAACUUUAUUGUCAUGUGAAGUUGUGAAGGGAAGUUUGAUGCUUUGAGUUGUGUCUUUGCUAUGUGGGGUUCCAGAUGACCAUUAUGCAUCAUUUAUGGAUGAGGAUCUAACUGGGAGGUGUUGGAGCAAAAGCUGGUGUAACCAUAACUGCAGAUUUGGGGAAACUUCUGCAUUUAGUACAUUAGCCAGGGGCUGUUGGGAACUUUGUUCCUUUUUGAUAAAAAAAAGCAGAAAAACAAAAAUAAAACUGUUGGAUUUUUUUUAGUUGGUGAAGAAAUGUGUGGACUGCUUUAUGAUAUAGUUUCUCUGAGUUUAUUCUGAUUUUUAAAUGAUCCAGUAAGCCCUGUUUGUCACCUUUCUGAACUUUUUUUUAAUUUAAGCUUUUAUGUAACUUCUGUAAGUCUGGUUUUAUUUUAAUAGCUAGAAGGCUAUUACUGAGUUGUAAAAUGUUUAUCCUAGGAAUGCUCUCUUUCCCUUACCUGGGGCUAUGAAAGGAUUUGGCAGUAGGUUUAGGAGCAGAGUUGUGACUGGCCAUCCCAAAUCCAAAGAGCUGGAGUGCAGCUACUGUCAAAGCUCUGGAUGUGGAUGCCUUAGUGUGGCUUUUUUGAACAGAAAAAGUAUUUAUGAGGUAUGUUUUGGAGAUACUGCAUGACCAUAAUCUGUAACCAAAUAUGUCAGGCUUUUAUAAGGCAAACAGAAUGUUUACAUUUCUUCCCAAUCUCAUAAGCCUGCUGUAUUAAGCAGAACAAUUAAUAAAGCAAUAGUAGAUAUUAAGAAAAGGACAUUAAACAGGUGGAUAAACCACUUGCCUACUA